AUGUCCACCACCGCUACUCGAGGCCUGUCCACCAAGAUCAAGGUCAAGAACCCCAUUGUCGAGCUCGAUGGUGAUGAGAUGACCCGAAUCAUCUGGAAGUCCAUCAAGGACAAGCUCAUUCUGCCCUAUCUCGACAUUGAUCUUAAGUACUACGAUCUGGGCAUCGAGUACCGAGACCAGACUAACGACCAGGUGACCAUUGACGCCGCCGAGGCCAUCAAGAAGUACCAGGUCGGUGUCAAGUGCGCCACCAUCACCCCCGACGAGGCCCGAGUCAAGGAGUUUGGCCUCAAGAAGAUGUGGCUGUCGCCCAACGGUACCAUCCGAAACAUUCUCGGCGGUACUGUUUUCCGAGAGCCCAUUGUCAUUCCCGCCGUCCCCCGGCUUGUGCCCGGAUGGAAGGAGCCUAUCAUCAUUGGUCGACACGCCCACGGCGACCAGUACAAGGCCCAGGAUGCCGUCAUCCCCGGCGCCGGUGAGCUGACUCUUAACUUCAAGCCCGCUAACGGAGGCGACGAGCAGGUCAUCAAGGUGUACACCUACGACGCCCCUGGUGUCGCCAUGGCCAUGUACAACACUGACGAGUCCAUCACCGGCUUUGCCUACUCUUCAUUCAACCUGGCUCUGCAGAAGAAGCUGCCCCUGUACAUGUCUACCAAGAACACCAUCCUUAAGAAGUACGACGGCCGAUUCAAGGACAUUUUCCAGGAGAUUUACGACAAGGAGUACAAGGAUAAGUUUGAUGCUGCCGGCAUUUGGUACGAGCACCGACUCAUUGAUGACAUGGUCGCCCAGAUGAUCAAGUCUAAGGGAGGCUUCAUCAUGGCCCUCAAGAACUACGACGGAGACGUGCAGUCCGACAUUGUUGCCCAGGGCUUUGGCUCUCUCGGUCUCAUGACCUCUGUUCUCGUCACCCCCGACGGAAAGACCUUUGAGUCCGAGGCCGCCCACGGCACCGUGACUCGACACUACCGACAGCACCAGCAGGGCAAGGAGACCUCUACCAACUCCAUUGCCUCCAUCUUCGCCUGGACCCGAGGCCUCAUCCAGCGAGGCAUUCUCGACGAGACCCCUGAGGUGACCAAGUUUGCCGAGGCUCUCGAGAAGGCCACCGUCGACACUGUUGACAAGGACGGCAUUAUGACCAAGGAUCUGGCUCUGGCCGGUGGCAAGACCGACCGAUCCUCGUAUGUGCUGACCGAGGAGUUUAUCGACGCUGUGGCCAACAGACUGAAGAAGGACCUGGCUUAG